GAGCCGCGUUUUUUUUGUGGUUCAGGACAGCCUGGGGACAGAACGGGAACCGUGAACGCGGGGGGUGGCAAGUCCGAUCGGAAGUUCCAUCGGCAUUCAAGUGGAAGACACGCGUCCCGAAGGUGGGCCAGACCUAGACCAACGGGCUAACCCGUAGCACCUGGACACUUCAGGGCAGAAAGUGCAUCGAGAGGACCGACUAGAAAAAAGAAAAAAACUCCAGCGUAUCCGUUCAGAGGUGUCAUCGUGUGUCAAGCAAGUACAACGCCGUCGGGGGCAACGUCAGGGACAACGGGAAAUACGACAGUAGACCGUAGCAAAGAGACACGAGAAACAGUCCCGGGUGACUACACGAAAGAGACGAGGCCCAAAUCAAACGUAACUCCAAUGUAUUACGGUCCCCCACGCGCGAACGGAGCCGCUGAAAUAUGUCGUUACCACGAGAAUGGAGCAUCCAUCAGGACACGGCCGAUCCCGGCGAGUCUGUCGUCGUCUGCGCGACAGCGUCGCAGGAGAUGGUCGUCGGCGGCGGCGGUACAGUUAUCGACGAGAAUAUGAAUCAGAAUCAGCUGGGCUCGUUGCUGUCCAUCCAUUCGGCGCCUGUUUUCGAUCUGAGCAACGGCGCGCCGUCACCGAAGAGGCCGGCCUCGUUGGCGGUGCAGACGACCGCGACCUCGACGCCGAUCGUGCCGCCCCAUCUGCAGAGCCCAGAGACCAUCGAGGACGAGGACAACGAGAAUCUGUUGACGAUAUCGAGCCUGACCGCCCGUCCGUUGAUCGCGAAAUCACGGGAGUUACGGUCGACCAGAUGUACAACGGCCAAGAAGAAACGACGCGGAUGCGAGCCGAGAAAACCGCUAAACGUCACCUGCAUGCCGUUGGACGGCGGUUACGGAUGGGUGAUCGUGUUCGGGGCGUUCUUUGUGCAGUUCUGGGUAGCCGGCCUGGUCAAAUCGUACGGCGUGCUCUACGUCGAGGUCAUGGAGACGUUCAAGGACUCGUCGGCCUCUGUCGCUUCCUGGAUACCGGCUAUAUUGUCUUGCCUUUGCCUGGCACUCGCUCCUGUGACGAGCAUGCUCUGCCAGAAAUACAGCUGUCGGGCGGUGGUCUUCGUCGGGGGAUUAUUCUGCGCACUUGGACUGACCACAAGCUACUUUGCCACGAGCUUGAUACACCUAUUUUUUACUUUUGGAAUUUUAACAGGUAUCGGUGGCGGUCUGUCGACAACGCCAGGCAUCAUCCUCGUCUCCCAAUACUUCGACAAGCACCGCGCCCUGGCGAACGGUAUCUGCGUAUCUGGUACAGCGGCUGGCAGCUUCGUUUUUCCCCUUCUGAUCGAGGUGCUAGUCGAGAGUUUCGGUUUUCACGGUACGAUCCUCCUAUUGGGCGGUUGUAUGCUCCACGUAUGUGUCAGCGCGACCCUCUACCGUCCCCUGGAGAACAAUUACGCCCCCGUGGGCCAGGAACUCGCGGCGACAGCCGAAAGGAUGGUGGUCGCCACCGCGAAAGAGCUGGAGGCUGCGAAACAGCAGAAGCUCGAUCUGUUGUUCGCGAACGACACGACCACCAAGCACAAUCUGCUGAACGAGCUGUUCCACCAAAAUGGCGUGGCCGCGGUGGCGGUCGAGCUAACAGACAGCGAGGAGGAGAAAGAUGUGAUGGGCGAGGGUCUUCGGAUGAAACCGAUCUCGAAGAUACGAAGCUCCAGUAUAUUGCACAGCGUCGAGGAUCUGUCGACCGAUUCGACGUGCGUGUACAAAGCUCGAUCGUCGCUUAGAUCCCUGAAAUCCACCUCGAUCGCCGCGGUGUGCACCCCAGCGCCGCAGAUCGACACCCAGAUCAAGGAUGAACCGAAGACCAUUAUGCAGAGGAUAAUGCAGUAUAUCGAUUUGUCCCUGUUGAAGAAUCCUCAGUUCAUCAUGAUGUGCAUCUCCGUCAGCCUGAUGUCCACCGGUAGCCCGUACAUGCUUUAUUAUCUGCCUGCGUACGUACACGCGGCCGGCUACACGAAAUCGGAGGCGGGUUAUCUGGUCGCGAUAUCCGCGGCGUUGGACCUCUGCGGCCGACUGGGGCUCGGAUGGCUCUCGGAUCUGCAGCUAUUCGAUCGUCGGAAAGGGUACAUCGGAAGCAUCGUGGGUGCCGGUGUAGCUGUGUUGGCGAUCCCAAUGGCCCAUUCUUUCUAUGUACUGGCGUGCUCCGUCGGGAUGUACGGACUUUGCCUGGGUUGUUGGUUUCUCUUAGUUCCCGUCCUUCUUGCAGACCAAUACGGAACCGACAAAAUCUCCUCCACCUACGGUCUCGUCAGGAUGUUCCAAAGUGUCGGGGCUAUUUCUAUUCCGCCUUUAACAGGUUACCUGCGCGAUGUAACUGGAAGUUACACCGUAUGUUUUCUCUGCAUGGGAACGUGCAUGGUGAUGGGAGGUGUACCUAUGCUCCUGGUUUUUAACGAAGUAUCGAAAUCAUCGAAGAUGACCGUUAAUGCCGAGAACGGUAAUACGCAAGGAGAGACGACUGUGAAAGAAUAAAGAUAUUUUGCAAAAUGUGAUUAAAACUAACGAAAAACAAAAAAAAAAACAAACGAAAAAAAAACCGAACGAAUGUGUAAUAGAGAACUAAUAAAAAAAACUCGCAACAUUUGUCGCUACAAUUAAUCCACUAUGAUAUAUUGCUUGGUUCAGUUAUAUGCGUACGAAAGA